GACAGAAAAUCUAAAAAGUCAACCUGGAAGUUUUGCCUUGACUUGACCCAUCCGGUGGAAGAUGGAAUUUUUGAUUCUGGGAAUUUUGAACAGUUCCUAAAGGAGAAGGUUAAGGUCAAUGGAAAAACUGGAAACUUGGGUAACACCGUUCACAUUGAACGUCUGAAGAACAAGAUCACAGUGACAUCUGAGAAGCAAUUUUCUAAAAGGUACCUAAAAUACCUCACAAAGAAGUACCUCAAGAAGAACAAUCUGCGUGACUGGCUUCGUGUCGUUGCAUCUGACAAGGAGACAUACGAACUGCGCUACUUCCAAAUCAGUCAAGAUGAAGAAGGAUCAGAGUCUGAGGAAUAAUUGAAGCUUAGCUUUAUACUCAAUACAGUGUACAAAAGACUAAAACAUCUAUUUAUAAGAACACUUAACUUAUUGGUGAAUAAAGAUUUUGUACCCUGUUUGACAGAG